CCCCAGCUCACCUUCCGUGUGCCCCACUCUCCACCUCCGCCCGCUCCUGCCGGUGUUCCUGCACCGCACCUGCCGCGCGCGCGGCCCCCCGGCGCCCGAGCGGCCACCCUGACCUGCCCCACCUGCAAGGCGGCAGGCACCCCUGUCCAGCCCGCCCCGCUACGACUGAGGGAAGGGUGCGGUGUGACAGCUCGACACUGAAGUUAAUCUCUACCUCUAUUGCUUAUUUUUGGGGUCCCCUCCACCGCUACGUUUUCAGGUAAAAGAGAUAGGUAUUUGGAUUCGGAAACGCGCCUCGCGUAGCCGCCGGCUUUCGCCCGGCCACUCCCGCCGGCGCCGGCCUCGCUCCGAGCCUGCGCAGUAGCGCCGCGCCGCCGCGGCCUCCGCAAGUCCCGCCGUCGAGCCUUGAUGACGUAAGCGCCUGCGCCGCCAGCGACCGGGGCGCGCGUGGAGAGGCUCGGGUUUCUUUCCCACGGGUUACGCUGUCCGUGGGUCCCGGGACUGCCAACAUGAAGGAGACACCGCUUUCCAACUGCGAGCGCCGCUUCCUCCUCCGCGCUAUCGAGGAGAAGAAGCGCCUGGAUGGCAGGCAAACCUAUGACUACAGGAGCAUCAAGAUCUCGUUUGGAACAGAUUACGGGUGCUGUAUUGUGGAGCUUGGGAAAACAAGAGUUCUUGGACAGGUUUCCUGUGAACUUGUUUCUCCAAAACUCAAUAGGGCAACAGAAGGUAUUCUAUUUUUUAACCUUGAACUCUCUCAGAUGGCUGCCCCGGCUUUUGAACCUGGCAGGCAGUCAGAUCUCUUGGUGAAGUUGAAUCGCCUCUUGGAAAGAUGUCUAAGAAAUUCGAAGUGUAUAGACACUGAAUCUCUCUGUGUUGUUGCUGGUGAAAAGGUUUGGCAAAUACGUGUGGACCUACACUUACUAAACCACGAUGGGAAUAUUAUUGAUGCUGCCAGCAUUGCUGCAAUCGUAGCCUUGUGUCACUUCCGAAGACCUGACGUCUCUGUGCAAGGAGAUGAAGUCACGCUGUACACUCCAGAGGAGCGGGCCCCCGUGCCGUUGAGCAUCCACCACAUGCCCAUUUGCGUCAGCUUUGCCUUCUUCCAGCAAGGCACCUUUCUGUUGGUGGACCCCAGCGAGCGCGAGGAGCGCGUCAUGGACGGCCUGCUGGUCAUCGCCAUGAACAAGCACCGCGAGAUCUGCACCCUCCAGUCCAGCGGCGGGAUCAUGCUGCUGAACGAGCAGGUUUUGAGGUGCAGUAAAAUCGCUGGCGUGAAAGUGGCAGAAAUUACAGAGCUAAUACAGAAGGCUUUGGAGAAUGACGAGAAAGUGAGGAAAGAAGGGGGGAAGUUUGGCUUUGCGGAGUCUAUAGCAAAUCACAGGAUCACGGCGUUUAGGAUGGAGAAGGCCCCUGUGGACACGUCGGACGUGGAGGAGAAAGCAGAGGAAAUCAUCGCGGAAGCUGCGCCGCCUCCUGAAGUUGUAUCUAACCCUGUGCUCUGGACCCCGGGCACCGCCCAGAUUGGAGAAGGAAUAGAAAAUUCCUGGGGCGACCUGGAAGACUCUGAGAAGGAAGAGGAGGGAGGAGGCAGUGACGAAGCCAUCGUCCUCGACAGCGUGAGAGUGGCCACGGACGUGGACGUCCCCAGCGCUGGCAGCCGGGAUGCCCCCAUAGUGCUGUCGGACAGUGAAGAGGAGGACAUGAUCAUCCUAGAACCAGGCAAGAGUCCGAGGAAAGUAAGAACGCAGACCAUCAGUGCAAAACAAGAAAAAGCACCAAGUAAAAAGCCAGUGAAGAAGAGAAAAAAGAAGAGACCUGCUAAUUAAAGCUCACAUGGUUGUAUUUGUGUAUAUAAUUAUUAAAAGGAUAUUUAUUUAAGUGC